UUGCCAUUCGUCAUUUUUCAUCGCCAUGCAACUGCUGCUCCCAAUUGCGACCACGCUGGCCGCCCUCGCAUGCGUCCACGGGAGAGUUCCUAUUCCGACGGCUCCGCUCGGUUUCACGUACGGCCAAGGGUCGGCGAAUGCGACGGUACAGCUCGAUGCUUUUGUCGACCUUCUCUGUCCCGACAGCAAGGCAGCGUAUCCUGCCCUGAAACAACUUGCGGAAACCUUGCCAAAUCAGUUCCUACUGCGCUUUCACCAAUUUCCAUUGCCAUACCACCACCAAGGAUUCCCGAUUGCUCAAGCGACGCAUACGAUCACGCAUGCAUUGGGACGGGAUACGUUUGUCAAGUGGCUGGAAACUGUCUACGACGUACAAGACGAGUAUUGGAACAAACAAACGGAAGACAUGGGUCAAAAGCAAGUCACGGCAAAGAUUGAAGCGUUGGCAAAGUCGACGUUCCCAUCUCUCACGGAUGCUCAGUGGAAGGACGGCAUGACCGGCCAUGGAGGUACCAAACGGGACUUGGACACCCGCACGGAAUGGAAGCAUGCAUGCACUCGAGGCAUCUCUGGCACGCCGCAAUUUCUUCUCAACGACGUGCCCAUCAACGUGGACACCACAUGGACGUACGACGACUGGAUGGGUUUCUUGGAGCCGUUGUUGGAUGUUCAAAACGAAGCCACAUUGAAGGUGGGCUCGAACAUACCACCCACGGUAGAAGAAGAGACCACGGCAUCGCUCAAUCGUAACAGUAAGUUGCCACGUUCGUCUGAUGCUGCGUCCAUGAAAUGGAAUGUCGCGGGUUACGUCGGAGCGAGCUUGGGGCUGGGGUUCGCAUUGUAUUGACGAUUUGACUGACAAGGAAGUCCUGCGUUUGCAGAACGCUGAACUCGUGUACAUUUAAGGUUCAUCAUAAUUGGCUUGUGCGGG